CGGCGAGGCGGCGGCGGCGGCUGCGGUGGCGGCAGCCGAGGCGAACGGGGCGGGGGCGCGGGGCGCGGCGCUCGGAGUCCGUUCGGGGCCGGAGGCGCCGCGGCGGCCGGGGCAGGGCCCGGGAGCUGCGAGGAGCACGGGCAGCGCAGCCCGGAGCCCGCCGCCCGGGACAUGGCCAAGGCGGGCCGUGCAGGUGGCCCUCCCCCGGGCGGCGGCGCCCCCUGGCACCUUCGAAAUGUCCUUAGUGACUCUGUGGAGAGCUCAGAUGAUGAAUUCUUUGAUGCCAGAGAGGAAAUGGCCGAGGGCAAGAAUGCCAUCCUCCUCGGGAUGAGCCAGUGGAACUCCAACGACCUGGUGGAGCAGAUUGAGACCAUUGGGAAGCUGGACGAGCACCAAGGAGAGGGAACUGCGCCGUGUACAUCCAGCGUCUUGCAAGAGAAACAGCGAGAGCUGUACCGAGUUUCUCUGAGAAGACAGAAGUUCCCAGCCCAGGGAAGCAUCGAGAUCCAUGAAGACAGUGAGGAUGGCUGCCCACAGCGCACCUCCAAGACGCACGUGCUCCUGCUGGUGCUGCAUGGGGGAAACAUCCUGGACACGGGCUCAGGGGACCCCUCAUGUAAGGCGGCUGACAUCCACACCUUUAGCUCUGUGCUGGAGAAGGUCACACGCGCCCACUUCCCCGCCGCCCUGGGCCACAUCCUCAUCAAGCUGGUGCCCUGCCCGGCCAUCUGCUCCGAAGCCUUCUCACUCGUCUCCAACCUGAACCCCUACAGCCACGAUGAGGGCUGCCUCAGCCACAGCCAGGACCAUGUCCCUCUGGCCGCUCUGCCCCUGCUGGCCAUCUCCUCCCCGCAGUACCAGGACGCCGUGGCCACUGUCAUCAAGCGAGCCAACCAGGUGUAUGCUGAGUUCCUCAGGUCUGCUGACGGGAUUGGCUUCAGUGGGCAGGUGUGUCUCAUCGGGGACUGUGUGGGCGGCCUCCUGGCCUUUGAUGCCAUCUGCUACAGUGCAGGGCCCUCGGGGGACAGCCCAGGCAGUGUCAGCCGCAAGGGGAGCAUCAGCAGCUCACAGGACGCCCCCGGUGUGGUGGAGGAAGACUGCAGCCUGGCCGACAGCAAGCGGCGCAGCAAAAGCAACAUCGACCUCUCCAGCGGGGCCGAGGCCACCGAGCCCCGCAGGCCGUUGCCGCGGAAACAGAGUGACUCCUCCACCUACGACUGCGAAGCCGUCACCCAGCAUCACGCCUUCCUGUCAAGCAUCCACUCCAGCGUGCUGAAGGAUGAGGCCGAGCUCCCAGCCCCCAGGGGGCCCCUGCUCCCCGAGGUCAGCCUGGGCCGCUUCGACUUCGACGUGUCUGACUUCUUCCUGUUCGGCUCGCCCCUGGGCCUGGUCCUGGCCAUGCGGAGGACGGUGCUGCCCGGGUUAGACGGUUUCCAGGUGCGUCCUGCCUGCGGCCAGGUCUACAGCUUCUUCCACUGCGCAGACCCCUCGGCUUCGCGGCUGGAGCCGCUGCUGGAGCCCAAGUUCCACCUGGUGCCUCCCGUCAGCGUGCCACGCUACCAGAGGUUUCCCCUGGGUGACGGACAGUCCCUCCUCCUUGCUGACGCCCUGCACACCCACAGCCCCCUCUUCCUGGAGGGCAGCAGCUCACAGGAUGGCCCGCCCAUCCCGGAUGCCCCAACCUCGACGCCUCCGGCCCAGCGGUUCCAGCGCCCCGGAAGACGGCUGAGCGAGGGCAGCUCCCACAGUGACGGCUCCGAGUCCUCUGACAGCCUGGCGCCUGUGGGUGCCGCCCGCAUCACGGCCACGUGGUGGGGUGCCAAGAGGAUCGACUACGCGCUGUACUGCCCGGAUGUUCUCACCGCCUUCCCCACCGUGGCCCUGCCGCAUCUCUUCCAUGCCAGCUACUGGGAGUCCAGCGAUGUGGUGGCCUUCAUCCUGCGUCAGGUGAUGCGAUAUGAGAGUGUGGGUGUCAAGGAGAGUGCUGGCCUGGACCCCGCCGCCCUGAGCCCAGCCAACCCCAGGGAGAAGUGGCUUCGCAAACGGACUCAGGUCAAGCUGCGGAACGUCACUGCCAACCACCGGGCCAACGACGUGAUUGCUGCCGAAGACGGCCCCCAGGUCCUGGUGGGGCGGUUCAUGUACGGGCCUCUGGACAUGGUGGCUCUGACAGGGGAGAAGGUGGACAUCCUAGUGAUGGCAGAGCCGUCCUCGGGCCGCUGGGUGCACCUGGACACGGAGAUCACCAACAGCAGUGGGCGGAUCACUUACAGUGUGCCGCGGCCCCGGCGCCUGGGGGUCGGCGUGUAUCCUGUGAAGAUGGUCGUCAGGGGCGACCAGACCUGUGCCAUGAGCUACCUCACAGUGCUGCCCCGCGACAUGGAGUGUGUGGUGUUCAGCAUCGACGGGUCCUUUGCAGCCAGCGUGUCCAUCAUGGGCAGUGACCCCAAGGUCCGGCCAGGGGCAGUGGAUGUGGUUCGGCACUGGCAGGACCUGGGCUACAUGAUCCUUUACAUCACGGGACGGCCGGACAUGCAAAAGCAGCGAGUGGUGUCGUGGCUGUCCCAGCACAACUUCCCGCAGGGCAUGAUCUUCUUCUCCGACGGGCUGGUGCACGACCCACUGCGGCAGAAGGCCAUCUUCCUGCGUAACCUCAUGCAGGAGUGUUUCAUCAAGAUCAGUGCCGCCUAUGGCUCCACAAAGGACAUCUCCGUCUACAGCGUGCUGGGCCUGCCUGCCUCCCAGAUCUUCAUCGUGGGCCGGCCUACCAAGAAGUACCAGACCCAGUGCCAGUUCCUGAGCGAGGGCUAUGCAGCCCACCUGGCGGCACUGGAGGCUGGCCACUGCUCCCGCCCCAAGAAGAACACAGCGCGCAUGGUGCUGCGCAAGGGCAGCUUUGGCCUGCACGCGCAGCCUGAGUUCCUGCGGAAGCGCACGCACCUGCGCAGGACCAUGUCAGUGCAGCAGCCGGACCCACCCAUCGCCAACCCCAAACCUGAGCGGGCGCAGAGCCAGCCCGAGUCCGACAAGGACCACGAGCGGCCCCUGCCUGCUCUCAGCUGGGCACGUGGGGCCCCCAAGUUUGAGUCGGUGCCCUGAGGGGCAGGGCCAUGCUCGGAG